AUGACUCCAAAGCAGAUCCUGAACGUGAUUGAAGCAGAGGGACUCAAAGAAACCAGGUAUGUGUUUUGUGCAGUUCCUUCGGAAUAUAUGAAGAGUGAUAAUGUCAAAAAGUUUAUAAAAUGGGGUUUGUUUGCUGGGUGAGGGAAAUUGUGGAUGGGGAGCACCCUCUUGCAUCUGUGGAAGUUCACUUUUAUCAGUGAAAUUUAUUUUUAACAGAAUGUAGUGUAUUUAACAACUGAAUUGCAAAAUGUAGCCAAUAUAGAAAAGUUCUCACUAUAACAGAGUUGAAGAACAUUUCCAAAUAAACCCCCAUCCCCUAUAUUUAAAUUUUUUCUUGUGCAUCAUAAUUAAAGGGACACUAGUCACCCAGCCAAUCUUAUCUUAAUAAUACAGUUCUGGUGUAUAGAUCAUGCUCCUGCAGUCUCACUGCUCAAUUCUCUGCCAUUUAGGUUAAAUCACUUUGUUUAUGCAGCUGUAGUCACACCUCCCUGCAUGUGACUUCACAGCCUUCCUAAACACUUCCUGUAGAGAGGCAUCUAAUAUUCAAACUUCCUUUAUUGCAAAAAAUCUGUUUUACUUAGAAUUUCUUAUCUCUUGCUCUGUUAAUAGUGUGCUCUACCCUGCAGGAGCCUCUUGUGUAUGAUUAAAGUUGAAUUUACAGAGCAGGAGAUAAAACAUCUGAAUGAAAAUGAAACCAUUUUGUUUUCAUGCAGCAUAUGUUGGUCACAGCCAGGGGAUGCGUGUCUAGGGCUGCAUAAAUGAAAAUGAUUUAACUCUUAAAUGACAGAGCGUGAAGCUGUGAGAGUGCAUGGGGCAUAACCUAUACACCAAAAUUACUUAAUUAAGCUUAACUUGUUUUGGUGACUAUAGUGUCCCUUUAAAUUUUUUAGUGAAGAACUGGAGUGAAUUUAAAACCUUGUCAUAAUAGCCCAAUUAAAAAAGAAAAAAAAUCGGUGCUCCGUGUUUUCACUUUGUUUAUUUUGGCCAAAAUUUGAAAUUAAUUUUGAAUUCCACAAUUCCUACUUCAUUGAGACACCCUGUAGUGUGCGUUGCAGUAUAGUAAAAUGUGCAAAGAUAUAUGGAACGGAACGCCUGGCACCCUGACUGGGUACCUUCCGCUGACGGAUGCUCCUAGUGCUCACCGAGGGCUCCAAGCACUCCACUCAACACCAUAACCACUGCACACCCCACGAUCCGCCGCAGCUUGGUUGGGGUCUCGCCGUCCUCCAACCACCCUGGACCCAAUACCGGACUCCAGCUUCCAGUGGGUGAACGCAAUCAAGCUCCUCCAACAGCCUGGGGCAAAGGGCAGUUUGUCACAUAAAAAUCCAGUGACAAAAGGCAGUUUGUCACAAGAUAGUAGUCCCUAAAUGGGCAGAAAUAGUCCUCACGUGUUGACCAGGAUGGUAAUCUCGAAAGUUGUAAACAAUAGCAAAAAGAACAAUACAAACAUGAUGGAGCAAAGGAGAAUACAGAUAGUUAUGCUCCAACCCCCUCCCCUCCAGUACAUAAUGUCGUGGCUUAGGGUUCUGAGAGUUGCAAUUCAUGUGUUACUGCAGAAAGAGUGAACAAUCAAACAGUUUCUUAAAUUCUUGCCGUGUUCAUAAAGUAGUGCUUUGGGAGGUUAAAUGAGCAUCAUGAUUGACUGAGUCACUUCCUUGUUUGAUCUCUCACUGCAGAAACUACACUGAUGGGGAAUUUGCAGGAACUCCUGUAUGUGGUUACUGCAAAGAGCAGUUUGGGCAGAGAGUCGAUAGGAUAAUAGCUUUGGGUGCUGAUGUAUGAAGUAUAUUUUGUACUGGACUAAUUUUUUGUUAUUUUUAUUUUUAUUCUUAUUCCCCUUGACCGUUGCGUCUGCAGAAGGUAAGCAGAUAUGUUUCGAUGUGUAAUAUAUUUAUAUGUGUAGGUGUAAGCAGUUGUGUGUGGGAUAUUACAUUUUGGACUUGUGAUGGGAUGUGUGAUGAUUCGAAAGGCUGGUGGUGGUCUGGUGUUUAAUGUGGUUUGGUGUUGACUUUUAUGUUGAUUUCAUGAUGUCCAUGUCCUCAGCAGUGGUUCCUCACCGCUGGCCUGUCUGAACACCAUGUUACACUCCAAUUCGAGAACUCGAGAAGCCCUUUUCUACAAACUUCCAGGGCGGAUCAGCCUUUUUACCAUGAAGGUGAGUGAGUUUAAUUCAGGGUUUUGACCUGAAAGUAUGCACCCUUGAGCUGAACCAUCUCCUGAAAGUUUAACAGGAUAUAUAAAGCACCAUGAUGAUUAUAACACAUGCUAGUCUAACCAUUGUUGUACAGGAGUUGCCCCUUUGUAAUGCUGCUGAAGUGUGAUUUACAUUUCAUCAGUCUAGUUUGUCUCAAAAUGAUUUGACAAAAACAAAGAACAGUGCCCAAAUAUCUAAAGUACCAUAACUACAGCGAGUAAAUGUUGUGGCUAUGGUGUUUAGAGUGCCCCUUUAAUAAGAUCAGGGUAUGGGAGGACUGAAAUCAUGAAUGCAAAAUGUUUAUAAAUACAAGAAUUAUCUGUGCUUUUCUCAAGACUCGCUGUUGGCUGAAGUAUGUACUUUUAUACUUUUACUACUUCACAAAUUGCAUUGAUGGUAGCAAUUUGAAUUUCUUCAGUAAGCCGUGGUAUCGCUUGGCUUGCUCAAAGUUUUGCAAAUCUAUUUAAAUGAUGGUGUAAAGUGCCUAGCAAUUGGAUCCCGUGUAUGUGUGGUGUGUUCACGACAGAUGAUAUACCAGGGUUGCUGAUAGAUUUUCUGGAUCCUUUAUUAUGAAGGGCUUCUAAUAUAACAAACAUUUUAUCAGUGUAUGAGAAGACUGUUGGAAGAUCCAAAAAAGGGCAUUUUAGUUCCCCUGUGUGUUCCUGAAAUAGAUCUAUAAGGCCCACACACAUUGAUGCAUACUGAAGUAUCAUGCUCAUGUGAACUGUUAGAAAUUGUCGUGAUUUAAACACGUCCUAUUGUACGGAAUGUGGCUGGAGGGCAAGUUGGUGGUUUCGUGGGAGAAUGAGGAACUUGGGUAUACCUUCAGCUAGGACCCUGCUCUCUCUAUCCUCUAACAGUGAAUAUACCUCUGUGUAUUUUCUCUGUAGAAGAAUGCAACGCAGUGGUCUCGUGUUGUGUCCUUGCCUGAAGAUGGGGACAUGGAAGAUACAGCAGAUGAGGAAGGAGGCCAAUGGACGGAAGGCAGCUCAGUAACUCCAGGUACGGUGACCCAGAAGCAGUGUGGCUUGCAAGUGAUUUGAGUGUCUGCAGGGGGCAAGCGUUGUAGAGGGGCUGUCGCCUAAUGGUGUGUUCUAAUGACUGACUAAAAAUAACGAAGACAUCCUGGAACUUGAUGCGUGGCAUAAAUAUUCACAUUCAGUGUCCUGCGAAUUUGCCAGCAUUGACUAAAUCUCUCACCUAAGUAAAAGCUUCAGUUAUGCUUUUACUUGUAGACUUUUUCAUUUUGUUUUAUCCUCUGCAAUGGGCAGGCAUCCCUUUGGUUGUGGAUGAAUGUUUCCUCUACACUCACAGCUGGUGGCGGCAUAGUGUGGUUGUGGUACUAGCCAUUGUGUCUGUCAGGUGAGCUGUGUGCAGGGUUCACUGAGAUGCUAGCUGGGGCGGUUGUAUAUUUGCUUGUGGUUGUGUGUCUGGCCCAGACGCUAUUGGUGUUGGCUCUGCAUUUCUACUUGUAAUGCUCGGUUGGUACGGCUGUCCGUUUAGUGUGGCUGAGAUGCUGGCAAAUAGUGAUGUAAGGCAACUUGACUGUUUCGUGUAUGUCAUGUUAACUGUCCAGUGACAUUCACAGGUGGUGUUUUAAAUGAUACGUGUUCAGGCGGCUCUAAUACCACUGCAUUUGCUGCCAUGCUUUCCAGAAAUUCAAAUAAACAGAAAAGCAGUCCUGUGAGCCAAGGCACGGACUGUGAUCUCCAUGCCACCAACGCGGAAUAAAGCUAUCCAACGUUCCAUUGCUUUGAUUUGACUCUUUGUAACAACCCAGUCCAUAAAGAACCUAUACCAGUAUGGAAUGUGCUGCUUAUCUUUCAUUUUCAGCUGUAUAUUAUCCUGUGUGUGUGUAUAUAGGAUCUUCAAAGGCUGGUUUGGUAUUACCGAAUUAUUCAUUGCUACUCCUAUAGGUUUUUAAGACAGGGGAGAACACUUGUUGGCUACUUAAACUUGAAUUCUGGGGAUUUUAUUCUAAUGCUUAAUUUUAAAAGGCAAACAUACAGCAAAUGGUGGUUGUUGAAUGUUAAAGGGACACUCCAGACCCCAUAAAGCACUCUACUAUUUAACCUUGUUACACCUUUCCCCUUCAAUCAGACAACCGGUCCUGUUACUUCCUGGUUUGGUUAACUCAGUGGAGCUAAACUCAAGAGGCAGCAAUCGCACAGAGCACCUGCCUUGCACAGACUGCUCAUUGAGCUGCAUUAGGCAGUCUGUGAUUGGACAGCCACAGAAAGUCUUGGCUGGGGAGGAAAGGAAUGGCUUAGAAAGGCAGCAGACAAGAAAUCUACAGCUAUUGCAAUCUGUUUUUAGAUAGAACCCCCAUGGGGGGGGGGAUACUUAAUUAAAUGCAUGCAUGUUUUUAUUUAAGGUAAAUCUACUAUGUGAUAUAUAUAUAUUCUCUCACACAUUGUGGUGUCUCCUAAGUAUGUCACUCAAUUUUAUAUAUUUAUUCUUCAGCAGUUGAGACCUGCAAUGCGUCUUGUUCUGGAGAGUAUCAUGGCAGAGAAACUAGGUCUCUGGUGCAGGUAUGUGACCCUCUUGUGCAAAUUUGAGGAUUAAUUGAGACUGUAUGCAUUGUUUGAUCUUACUCUGGUUUAUUUACUUUAUCAGAUGAAUAAGCAGAAGAGAAGGAGUGGGGUUCUGUUGCCGCGUGUGGUCCUUACUCCUCUGAAAGUAAAUGGGGCUCAUUUACCCUCUACUUCGGGUGAGUUAUAUUUAUGGAAUAUCCUCAUUUUUGGCUUAUCAGCAAUGUGUGUAUUACACAACUAACUUCUCAUGUUAUGUCUUAGGCUCAUCCGCCGGCCGGGAAGGACAGUCCACCAGUAGCAGAAACCUGGGGGGAAAUCUAAAUCUUCAUCGACGAGCUGCUUUAAGUCGGGACAACCCACAUCACCUAAGAGGGAUCAGGAGCACCACAUCAGGUCGGUUUGUCUGCUUUGCUGCUCUUAUUAAUCCACACAAUGUGCAACUCUGGCUUUUCAAGAAUUAUAUCCCGGUGAUUGCAAAAAAUGAAGGUUUAAGCGACUUUUUUUUUUUUCUGUGUAUGCCAUUUGUUUUCUAAAGAUGUUUUUACACUUUGCUGCUGUAGGUCAGGUGAAGAAGAAUAAGGCGGAGGAGAUUGACUUUGAGACCCCUGGGUCUAUCCUCGUUAACACAAAUCUUCGAGCUCUUAUAAAUGUGAGAACGUUCAAUGCUCUGCCACACAGCUUGCAGCAGCAGCUCCUCCUCUUACUUCCUGAUGUGGACAGACAGGUGAGUCCAAGCCCGAAACAGGCUUUAUCUGGUCCUGUUGGUCAAAUCUAUUUUUUAUUUUUCUCCCCACUGAACUAUGAAUUUUUAAGAAUUUACAGUGGACCUGACAGAUCACCAAUUUGAGAGACUACUGUUUUUCUGUUCAUUCUCAAUUCACAGUUCAGUGAAUAAGCCCCCUUCGUUUAUAACAAAACAUUGUACUCAUACCAAUUCUUCAUUCUCUAUCUUGCAUUGUUAUAGCCUUGACAUUUGUGCUGUAGUUUCAAGUUCCUAGUAUUAUGUUGUGUUUUUUUUGUUUGUUUUUAAAGCAAUAUUUUUUCCUACAAAAGUAAAUAAUUCGUGUUGAGUACAAUAGUACAGAUCAGGUUUAACAUGAAUUGAUAAUGACUUGGUGCUAUGUGCAGUACAACUUUGAAUCUUCUAUUUGCUCCAUUAUUUUCUUUUGAAGAGUUUAGAAAAUAACUUUUUAGAUUCAUUGAAAAUGACGAGGUGAAAGAAACUGUCUCCUUUAUUCUCUGUAUGCUUUCUCUAUGCUGGCUGCAAGGUGCAAAGGAUGAAGCUUCUAACAAUGAUUGACAGGGAGCUAAGGUGAAAGUGCCCAGUUGCAGGAUAGAGAGGUGGAUUUUUACUUUUUUGUCUAAAUUUUCACACUUCACAAAUGCAUUUCAAUAAAAGUGGAUAAGUCAGCUUGAAAAAUCCUGGGGAUUAUCAGUACCCUUUUAUUUUUUUUUGGAUAGAAGCUCUGCUUAUAUGAUCAGACCAAGCACGUAAUCAGAAGUUGGUAUGUGUUCAUGUAUCGUGAUAUCAUGCAAUUUGGGAGGGUUUCAUGUUGUGCAGUGUCUCUGAAAGAACUUUGCUGACAAAAUACUAUUUAGUAGAUAUACCCACAAUGAAGAUGUGCACGCAUUUUAUUUAAUUGUAGGCAUAUCUAAAAACAGUUUGCAAAAGCUGCAGAACUCGUGUCUGUAGCUUUUGCCACCCCUCCCCUUCUUCACCGGCACAGACUUUAAGUGUUUUAUUGCAAUGACUUGUAGAAAUGUUGAUUUCAAAUGGAGCAAGGGUUAACUUGUUUGCACUAUUUAUAAAAUAAUCCACAACGAGGACUUUCACUAAUAAUAAAAGAUUCUUUGCUCUAAGAAAAACAAACCAAAAACCUUGUAAGGGUAACCUUUGCUUACUGGAGUUUCUGCAGGAAUUAACCUUUUUCACUAUCUCUGCAGGUCACUCCAGAAGGGCCAAUGAGAAUGAGCGGCAGUGCCUUGAAUAAUGAGUUCUUUGCUCACGCUUGUCAGAGAUGGCGUGAACGACUGGCAGAAGGUGGGUUUUCUGCGUUUCUGGUAAUAUGUUCUUUAUUCCACCACUAUUAAGACUUCUGACCAUAGAUGCAUUUUUUUGUUCUUAGGGGAGUUCACUCCUGAAGCUCAACUCCGGAUGAGGCAGGAAAUGGACAAAGAAAAGAAAGUGGAAGAUUGGAAAGAAACAUUUUUUGAAGACUUUUAUGGGCAGAAGUAAGAAACUCUUAUUUAUACUUGCGCGUGAUUUGAGAUCCGCUAAACAGUGCUGUUUAUAUAGGUUUCCCUGGCUCUCAUCAGACUGCUUAUAAUUGCUGUGAUUUGCAAAAAUUGCUGCACACAUACUUGCCCUCCCACAAUCUAUGCACAUGCCUGGCAGUAGUACUUGUAUUGGAUGUUCACAUAUAUAUUCCAUCUUCCUUUGAGUGUUUGGUUGAGAAGAAUGUGUGAUGUAGCUCUGUUCAUGAAAGAAAUGAAUGUGGCUAUUAAGUGGUUGCACUGUUUUUGUUCCCUUCAGCCACAGUUUCCACAAAAAAAUGAAAUUCAUUGAGCUACAAACGCUGGCAUCUGAGAACUUUUGAUUUAACAAAUGUGUUCUGGAUUGAUGGAGCAUAAUGUUGGUUGGUGUUAUGUGAAGUCUUGCAUUUUGUAGUUUAAUGCUGGUCUUUUUCACUUUGUAGAUGUGGACUGUCCGUGGAAUCGUUAUCAGACAAUGAUGAUAAAUGUGUGACACCUGUGUCCAAAAGUCCCCUGCGAGGUGGACAGAAGAAGAAUACAGCCACCACUCCCAAGGAGACACUGAUACCAGAAGCUCGUAUCAGAACUAGGAGUGUGUUUAAAAAAGAAAUCAAAGAGGAACGUGUUGAACAAACUGCAAAGGUUGAUGAUUUCAAGGCCAACUCUUCACCUGUAACCGAGAGCAAAGAACCUGAGGUCCCAACACUAGAGGCCCGUAUACCUCCUAAAGAUGAUGGAAACCUUCCCUCGACUUCUGAGAGAGUUCCUGAGCUGCACCCUGAGACAUCCGAACACAAGAGGAAGAACUGUGAGCCUGAGUCCUCCAGCCCCUCCCUCGAAAAGAAGCCACGGAUGGAGCAGCGUCAGUCCUUUCGUAACACAAUUCAGAGUGUUUACACAGAAAAGCCACAGCCCACCAAAGAAGAGCCUAAAGUCCCACCAAUCCGGGUAUGAGACAGUCUCUUUAUUCUGAACUCAGAGUGGGUUUUCCUCCCUGAGAGCUGCAUUUGUCUGUUACAAAAUUGUCUUUUAACUGGUGUGUGUGUGUGUGUGUGUAGAAAACAAGGUUGUCCUGAAAUUGACCAUUAGUCAUGCGAUCAUGCAGUCUUCUCUAAAGUCACGGUGUCCAAACUUUUUACCUCUGUUUUGUUCAUUUACAUUACCAAUAAUUCUCAGCCAGGAAUCGGGAAAUGUACUAACAUUUGAAAUAAUUUCUAAAUUGUUUAAACUCCUAAAAGGCACUUGCAAGGUCCUUAUUAGACUUCAAACCUAUAAGCAAUCAGCUCGGCAAGUUGGAGAUCCUGGGCACAUUGUAAUUUCACAGAACACCAAGUUUUGUGUCUGGGAACCUUGGAACCACUCUGUUGUGGCAUUGUUUAUAGUGCUUUUUAUCUAAUGUUUUCCAUCAAAACCAAAAUUUAGUGUAAACGUUGCACUUUCUCCCAAUUGCUGCCAUGAAGAAUCAGAAACCGGACAUGAUUAUUGAAAUGUUGUUCUUCUGGCUAUACUGAUUUUUGUAAUUUUAUUCUUCAGCUUCUCAUUUCUGUACAAGUUUGACAGCAUAUGCAGUACUGAUGGUUAAAGUGGCACUGUCUUAUUUUAACUUAUAUAUUUUUCUUUCUUUCUCUUGGUUUUCAUUUCCUUAUGUUGCAUGUGUGUUAAUGAUCAGAUAAGUGUAUUUCUGGUGAAAGAGCCACUAUAAUCGUCAGUUUUUAAGGCGGCACCCUUUAGCUAUUGUUUAAAAUAUCUGUAUUUCUGAUGUUUGUUUGUGACUCUUAACUUUUAUUUUCUUUCCUAGAUCCAGCUUUCUCGGAUCAAACCUCCCUGGCUGGAUAAAGGUUUGCCAGCUUACCAGAUCUGUCCACGGAUCAUCCCAAACACUGGUCCCAUUGGGUGCUGGACUAAUCCCUGCACACCUGCUGACUGUCAGACCAGUGGCUCUCAAUUCACAACCUCAAUUGGUGGAGGUGGAGGGCCAGGGGGAGGUGGGAGUAUUGAUAAAAGGAGGACCUGGUCAACAAACCCCAAGAGAAGAAGGUCCUCUAAGAGACGUCAGAGAAGACAGUCUCCAAAUUGCUGCAGAACACAAUUACUCUCGUCCUCCUAUUUGAGAAAAAACCUGCAAAAGCCAGCCGUUCCUCCAGUCAGGAUCAGUUGGACAUCGUGUGUGGAGAACACGUAUUCUGGGUCAGAAGGAUUUGGUGCUGCAAAGGAAGCUGUUUGUAAUUCUGUAGUAGAAACAAAAUUUAAUGACACCAAAGAUACGUGUGCUGCAGAGGCCGCCAUUUCUAGUACAAUAAUUGACGGUGUGCAGGGUUAUAGGGUUAUGGACAACGUACAACCCCUUAAUUCACAGAUAACAUCGGAAGGCGCUUUGGACAUUCAGUCAGAGGCUGGAGCACAAUGUAACAAACAAAAUAAUGUGCAGUUCGGUUUGAUUUACAAGAAGGAGUGCACUGCUGCUGAGCCAGUUGCAGAGAACGUUAGCCAAUCCAGUGUUGAUUCUUUGACUCCAGUUCUUGGUGAUGUGUCAAAUACGUUUCAGAAUAAACUUAAACCUGUUGAAACAAAGGAGAAAAUAAGGGAUCCUUUAGAUCGUAAAAGUGACUUUGUGGUUACUGCAGAGCAGCUGCAAAAAGGUUCACCUGAAUCCCACCAACUGUCUUCUGCAGACUUACAAACUGCUCUGACCUCAUUACCUGGUCAUUCAGUGGAAAUGUACCCAGGCUCAACCGAUCUCAGCAUGGACUGUAAGAAUGAGCCUUUUGAAGCCAGCAGUCGUCCUCAGUCUGGGGAUCAAAUUUUGCAGAAGAGCAACCACCACAAAGCAGAGCCAGAAGUGGUCUCAUCACAGCCUGAUGUGACCACACACCCAACGUUGGAAAUCUUUAUACAAUCAUUGUCAAAAGCUGUGAAAGAGGAAAUUGCUGACCACAAAAUAGAUGUGCAAGACAACUUGAGACUUAUAACAGAGACUUCUGAGGUUGGAUCUCUGAUAAAGCUACCCCUCUCUGAUAACAGUGACUGUCCUACAGGAGACCUUUCUGAACAGAACCACUUGCCAACAAGUGAUGCUGUUUUUUCUCCUCGUCUAACUAAUGAUGAGAAAAUGCUGUCCCAUUUUGAGCCUUCUUUGGACAGUAGUCUAUUUGAAGCUAAUGAUGGAGGUUUCAGUUCCUCUACUGAUCCUUUUGAAGGAAUUAAACCGGACUCGACUGAUUCAAAGCCACUUGCUGACCCAAUGUUAUCUACCUCGGAGGAGUUCCCACCCAGCAAUCAAAAUUCAAAAUCCUUUAGGAAACCAAAGCAGCGUCUUUGUAACAAGGCAAGCUUCAUCCGAAAUCUGCACAGAGUUCCUUUGCUAUUGGAUCUCCCUUUCAUGAGGUUUUCAAAAGCGGACAGGCCAGACACUCAGCUGCCAAUAGAACCUUCUGCUCAGCCAAUGCACAAGAAAACAAAAAGGUCCACUUUGGGAAAGGUCUUUAAGGGGCCUCAAGACUUGGCUUCCUGUCUUUAUUCUACUGAUGUGCAACCUCCUGGGCUCUUGGGCAAAUAUGCAGUCAAUGGCCAGGCAUCCUUCUCCAUGCAAGUGAUCGCUGAUCGCAAUGGAAACGAGAUUUCUUUGCGGUGCUCCUGCAGCCUGAAAGCUAUGAGCUCGUGUAAGGGAUGUGGGGCGUUCUGUCACAAUGACUGCAUAGGACCUUCAAAGCUUUGCGUUUCGUGCCUUGUCAUAAGAUAA